GUGCGGCUUACACCCUUUCUCGCCGUGCUGCGACCUCCAGAGCCUCUCGCAGAUGAGGGAGCCGGCGGCACUUGGCACGGGCGACGAUGAUCCUGUUCCGCUGGAGAUGGACUCUCCAUCACCUUACGCAGUGUCGGUGGUGUCCGUGGAAUCGGGGGUGUGCGAGAGUCGGCUUGACCUUGAGCAGAAGGUCGGCCUCGAGUCGACCGUCUCGGCCGAGACAGUCGGCAGCCUCGACAAGGCUCAGUGGGGCUUUUACGUGCUUCAGGUCGGCAGUCUUACGUUCUGGUUGGUGGACCGGCCCUUCGUGUACUGCACCCACGGCUGGGUGAUCCCGCUGUUCUCCGUCUACUGGCUGCUGGGAGCGAUCUAUGCCUCCCCAGCCCUGCCCGCGUGGCUCUCCGCCGUCAUCUUGGCCUUCGUCCCUGCCGUCUGGCUUACAACUCUCGUGGUCAAGCAGCUGCCUCCCCGAUCGCGGAUCGUCAUGCCUGCCCUCACCAUUAUGUUCAUCUACUCGGGGCUCUGCGUGGCCGCCCCAUAUUUCUCGCCCUUUGGGGCGUUCAACACCUUCUUGUGGAUGGUACGCGAGUUGAUCGUGAAUGUUGUACGUCGUGGGAAGCUGGAAUGUUGUACGCCGUGUCCGUGUCUCAGGUGGGAGCUGCCUUAUUCUUCGCCCAUAUGUUUGCCCAUGUUGCCGUGCCGAGAGCCUAUCCAGUGCCUCCUCCUGCCGCCUCAGACUCUAGCGCACCUUCGUCCCGCCACACGAGCCGUUGGUUCCGCGUGCAGCCGUCGGCUAACGCGUCGCAGUACAGCCUGCCGGCCUACGAAGCUUCCGCGCUCUUUCAGUUUGUGCGACGCGCCGUCUACCAGAAUCCCUGGCUGACCCACUGCCCUCAGGUGAACGCCGUCGCAGUUGAACGGCUCGUCCGAUUUGCCGGUUGGGCGAUUAUGGGGAUCGACUUUGUGUCGGACCUCGCGUUGGGCCUCGAGUUUAUGGCUCGCGGCCUUAUAGGGGUAGGGAUCGUCAUCAUCGCAUGUGCUAUGCCGGAUGCCGUGACGCAGAAUACGCAGUACUACAUGCGGCCACUCGAGACUCUGACGGUGCGCCAGAGCCUAUUGGUAUUCGGCCUGGCGGUCAUUGAAGUGCCGAUUGUGGUGUUGGCUUUGGUAUACGGGCCUGGAGGCGAUACGGCCCUCUACGCGAUAUCGGCGGCCUUGGCGAGCGCGAUGGUGCUGGUGCGAGGAGGGCUGCUCACUGCGAGGCUGCUGGAAGUUCACCGGGGAGACGGCGAAAAGAAGGGACCCACAGCCAGGGGCUAGCUGACAGACGAUGCUGAUGGUGUUUUGUUGAAGCUGUGAUGACCAGUGUUGGGAAGGACUGAGGGAGAGAGGCCCCCUACAGAGCAUCGUACGAAGGAAGGCAGGCAGGCAGAUGGGUGUACAUGUGGCUGAUCUGGGUCCUCCAUGGAUGUCUGCCGAGUGAGAUGAUGCAUGCAGCUGUUCUCCCAGCCCAAUGGGUCAGAGGAUUUUGGUGCGUACCCCUUCGCGUCUAUGUACGUCUAUGCAAAGAGCGGGGACCGACUUUUUGUUGGCAUUGGUGUUUCUGCUUGUGUAGGAG